AUGACAGCUGCGAAAAACUCCAAUCUCGACUGCAGUUCUGCGGCUAGCGAGCUGUGGUCCGACAAGUACAAGCCGCAGUGCAUUGCUGAAAUGUGCUACCCGGUUUUUGCGAAUAAGCUGCUCGCGUGGCUGAAAAACUUCGAUCCCAGUCGUCCUGGGGAUUCCAAAAAACCUGCCGCGGUGCUCUUUUCCGGGCCUCCCGGGGUGGGGAAGACGACGACGGUCUACGUCGCCGCACGGGAAGCUGGCCUUAGCGUCAUCGAAUACAAUGCCAGCGACUUUCGUAGCUGCAAAUCCCUCCGCGAGCACGUUUCCACGCUGAUCACCAAUCGCGCCUUCUCGAAAGGGGCGACCUCCUACGCAAAUGUCCUUUUGUUGAUGGACGAGGUCGACGGCUGUGAUGUGGGCGGGGUGGGGGAGGUGAUUGAGUUUAUUAAAACUACCCGUAUUCCAAUCGUCUGCACUUGUAACGAUCGUUGGCAUCCAAAGUUGCGGUCGCUCGUCAACCACGUGGAGGAUAUGCGGUUUACGCGACCGCCGUGUAAUAUCGUCGCGAAUUACCUCUGCGAUCGCGUUCUCGCGCGAGAGCAGGUGAGUCUUUCAAAACCGCUUUUACAAGAUAUCAUCAAACGUUCCGGGAGCGAUAUCCGGAGUAUGCUCAACAAUCUACAAAUGUGGUGCCUUCAGCAUCGUGUUCUUAAUGAGCGCGAGCUCGCCUCUUGUGCGGUGAAGAUGCAAAAGGAUAACGAUACGAGCAUCUUUGAUACCGCAGAGUUCUUUCUUCUCCAAGGCACUAGCCGUGGGGAGCCGCACACUAUCAAAGAGAUGGAGAUGCGCUACUACAACGCGGACCUCGUUGAUAUGUUCGUGCAGGAAAAUUACCUCCAUUUUUGCCCCACGGAGGAGGAAUGGCUUCCCGCGGUGGAGCGGGCGGCGGGGUGCAUUUCUCGCGCGGAUGCCGCCCAGCGGAUGAUGUAUAUGGAGCAAAACUGGUCCGUUUCACGUGCACACGUCCUCCUCUCCAGCAUCGCGCCGUGCGUUUAUACUCGUGGGAAGUACGUUUCCUUUUUGGAAGGGCAACAGGUGUUUUUUGAUCGCCAGCGCCCUGUGAAGUUCCCCACCUGGCUGGGGCAUAACUCCACGGCGGGAAAGAAUCGUCGGCUCCUGCGUUGCCUCACGAUGCAGGCGCAGGAAAGCAUCAGUGGAAAUCAGGAAGAUGUCGUGCUCGAUUACAUCCCGCUUGGCUGGGAGCGUGCCCUCCUUCAGCCACUCGCGGAGAAGCAAAAAGAAGGUAUUCCCACCGUGAUCGCCGUGAUGGAUAGGUAUAAAUUGAUGCGGGAUGAUUACGAUUUCGUCCAAGGAACCGCGCACUUUAAACGGAUGCGAAGCGCCUCUCGGAGUGGGACCGCGGAUCUUCCUGCACGGAUUCCCACGGCGGUGAAAUCCGCCUUCACGCGGGAGUUUAACCGCACCCACCGCGUAGAAAGCCUCGCGAAGGCGGCGCUCCAACACAUCGAUAAAGGCGCCGCCGCCGGGGCCCUCCCGGACGACAGUAGCGAAGAAGGUGAGGAGACGCAGGAGCUCCGGGGGGGUGGGGUCGCGGCGAAUGCGAAAAAACCCGCAGCGAAGCCUGCCAAGGGGAAAAAAGCCGCCGCCACCACCAAACCAUCCACCGCCGCCACGCGAAAAAAAGAAAAAGACGCCGAGCCCGCGAAAAGCACCGCUCGCAAGAAGGCCGCACCAAAACGAACGACCAAGCGAACGCGUAAAGACGAAUCCAGUGAGGAGGACUCCUUCAUUGCAAGUGAUUCGGAUGACGACUAA